CAGAUAGAUUGAGUUCUCUGAUUCUUAUUACAUUUACUGCUUUAUAUACGAUUUUUCUUUCAUCUAUGUUUCACUUAUUUUACAAUUCUUUAAUUAUAUUAUUAUGUUCUUUGCAAUAAAAAAACACAGAAAUUUAUAGAUGGAGUUUAAUAACUUAAUAUUGCCUAUAACGAAAAAUAUCUGUCGAACUUGUCUUGGAGAAUUAGUGGAUUCAGACACAAACAUGUUCAUGAAUAUACAAGAUUUAAUUGAACACGAUAUGAAUAAGAUAAAAUUGAUUGAUAUUCUGGUAUUUCUUAAUUGCCUAGAGAAUAAUGAUGAAGAAAAUUGGCCACAAGGAAUGUGUGCUUCAUGUGUUUUGACAGCUUUACAUGCUUAUAAUUUUAAGCUUAACUGUUUAAAAGCUAAUACAACUCUGACACAGUUAUUUAGCAUCCAAUCACCUACAAAUUUACAAAGGUCUGAUAUUGAUUCUAUUGAUAUUAAUGUGGUAUACCAGGAUCAUGAAUAUGAUGCACCACUCUUCAGUAAUCAUCCAACAUUAGAUUUUGAGCCCACAAUAAGUACUAACAAGGAAUUGACUCCUUUGCCUCCAGUAACAGAAAUUACAGCAACAGAACACCCUCCAAGAAAGGAAGGGGAUAAAAGAUAUAUUUGUAAUAUAUGUUCCAAGUCAUUCACCAGAAUAUAUGGUUUGCGUUAUCAUAUGACUAAGCAUAGUGAUAUUCGCAAAUAUUUGUGUUCCAAAUGUGGCAAGAGGUUUCAUACUUCCAGUGGUCUACAACAGCAUUCCAUUUCUCAUAAGGAUGUUGCCCAAUUUAAAUGUGGAUUUUGUAAUAAGACUUACAAAUCACGUCAAUCAUUGAAAGAACAUUUUCGUGUGGCACAUUCUAGCAACCGUAAACUUUUUGUAUGUGUCACAUGUGGAAAGAGUUUUACAGCAAAGUCAACUUUAAUGAUGCAUAUAAAAAGCCAUAAUGGAGAAAAACAGUUUGCUUGCCCUAAUUGUCCAAAAACAUAUACAAGAGCAUCAUAUUUAAGGGCACAUAGUUUGAUUCAUACUGGUCAAGAGAGACCAAAGCCAUUUUUGUGUCAACAGAGUGGCUGUGAAAGGAGAUUUUCAACUAAGCAUUCUUUGCUGGUGCAUAUUGCACAUACACAUACCACUGAGAGACCUCAUAAAUGUAAUAUAUGUUUUAAAGGUUUUGCUACUACAUCAGGCCUGAAGAUACACAGAGAAUCACAUAGCAAUAAGGAGCUAAAUUGUAGCAGAUGUGGGAAGAACUUUGCCAAUAAGAGAUUAUUACAGAAGCACAGCAAGGGACAUGAUGUAGAUACUGAUGAUAUGAUAUUGGAGACAGUAGUAGAUGAUGUUUUCUUUGAUUAAUGUGUUUGUUAUUUCUAUUUAAUGUGAUUUCUUUAGAUGUUAAGUUAAACUUUUUUUUAAGAAUGUUUAUAGUCACAAUCCCACCAUGUUAAGUAAGAAUUAAAUAAAUUUUUAGAUAUUG